UUCCUCUAACCAUAGUAAAAGCAAACAAUAAACUGACAUGCAAGAAAUCCUUUUGUACGAGAAUCAAGGAAUCUUUUCACUACCCCCACUCCGCAGGAGACACAUAAAAAAGUCCUGGUGUCGCGUCUCUCCGGGCAACCGGAUAACACAUUCGCCGGCUGUUAAAUUCCCGGAAAGAAGGAGGUUGCUACGCGCCGGGAUCGGGGGUACGCCCAUGUUUGUUAUUGAAAACUAAGCAUCAAAUAUGCAUUUAUUGAUAGCAACCUGCCCAUAAAAGGAAAAGGGUUGAUUGGGCUAACACGCUUAAGGAUAUCAUUCAAAUUUGUUUUAAGUUCUAGUCUUUUAUUCAAGUUCUGUAUUCUAGUUUCAUUUUAUUUUAAGAUUUCUUGGAAUAUUCGUAUUGUACUAAUCAAUUUAUAAGGAAAACAUUUUUUGUUCGCAAUUUAAUUUUCUAACAUAGUUAAUUUGUUUUGUGUUACAUGUUCUUUAGCUGUAAUUGGAUUAUGAUUGAUUAUUUAGAUUAAGAUUGUAUUUAGGUGUAAAUUAGAAAUGUACAUAUUAACACUAGGAAAGUAAUUAAAAACAUAAUUUGUAAAUCUUAUUUCAUUAAUAGUGCUACCUACCGUAUUUUGUAUGAACCCUGGACUUCUUUUUUUUAACCAAUGAAAGUAAUAUAGAUUUUAUAAAUAUAAGAUAUUUUAUAUAUUUGAAAAGAGUUUGACAUUGCUUCUACCGAAGCUUAUAUUGCUUGUAUCUAAAACACGUGUUUAGGGUGAAUGAUAUGCAAAGGUCCACCAGGACCUGUUUUUGGAAGGCGGGGGCAACCAAUGGAAACGGCAGAAGCUCGAAAACGAUGGAAACUACUGGAUACAACGGCAAUGGAGGGACCCGGACAUCGAAGGGAUGUCGGGACAUUGGGAAGAAGGGCAGUCGAAAUUUUGAACGAGUCGGAACGGAAGGACCAAGUAGUCGUGGCGAUUUGUGGCUGACGGGCCAGACGAACUGUCGAUGUCAGUUAUAGUCCGGAAUUUUUCUACUUCACACUCGACCCGAUUCCAAAAUAAAAACACUCACACAUUUUUGUAUUCAAUUCGAUUCUUUUGUUUUGUAAAAUCGGAACCGAAGGGUUAGAGCUGGAUACGGAUACGUUACCAUCGUCCAAUCUGCACCACAUAUGGACUUGUCCACGCCCGAUUCCGAGUAUAUAUAGCCACCAAUGUCGAUAUAUAUAUAUAUUCCAUUCCAAUCAAAUCCGUGCAAAUUAAGACGUGCGUGGCCCGCGAGUGAAACAUUCAAAUUUUCAAGUCGCGGCAGCUGAUCCGAAACCUUAUCGGUGGAAAUAUCCUAAUCGAAGGUGGGCCUAGAAAUCCAAUUCCCCAAAAAUAAGCCAUCGAAAGCGGAAUCAAAACGCAACCAGCAACCACGUAAAUUAUAAAGAAUUGCAGGACUAUUUCCGGACUAUUGUGGAGAACUUAAAAGAGAAAGAGGAGAUCAAGCAAGUGGUAGAAUUGGAAAUCAAAACUGGAUCAAAUAUAGAAGGAUUAUCGUGAGGCAUUUCUUUUUCGCGUUUCGUUUUCUGUGUUCCAUUUUCGAGGUCCUGAAAUUGGAGGACAGCUCACCACAUUAACUACAGUUUUGGUUCCAUCUUGAGAUUCGCGUUGCGUUCGUUAUUAUAUAUAUUUUGUAUUUAUAUUGUGCAAAUUGCCAGUUGACUUUCAAUCACACCAUAUCCAUCUAUAAAGUUGCCGGGGCUCCUCGACUCCUAGUUAGCCACCAUCCCACGAAUCCUUCAAAUCCUGCCUCCUCUUUCGGUGAGGCAGCCCCGGUGCGGAUUGGCGCCAGUGCGGGAAGCUGGUGAUGCUCGAAUCGCAUCCUUCGGUCUCUCCCAACUGGAGCCAACUCCAGUGCCAACUACAAUCCCGUCUCGGAUUCAUCGGCACCUCGAAGCUGCCGGUAAAGACGCAGCAUCCCAAGGACAGGCCGCACAACCGGGACAAGGAGAGCGAAAAGGAUAAGCUCAGGGAGAAGGAUAAAGAGAAGGAGAGAGAGCGAGUCAAGGACAAGGAGGAGAUCGAGAGACCAAUGGCCAACCAAAGCAACAUUCUCGCCCACGAGCGACGCAUCCACGAGCUGGACCAAAAUGUGGAGCGCAUCUUCGAUGUCCGAAAGCGCUUGGGCAAGGGUGCUUAUGGCAUCGUUUGGAAGGCCACUGACAAGAGGCACAAGGACACGGUGGCCCUGAAGAAGAUCUUCGAUGCGUUCCGGGAUGAAACCGAUGCCCAGCGCACCUACCGCGAGGUGAUAUUCCUGCGUGCCUUUCGCCACCAUCCCAACAUUAUCCGGCUGAUGGAUGUGUUCAAGGCUGGCAACAAUUUGGAUUUUUAUUUGGUUUUCGAGUUCAUGGAAAGCGACCUGCACAACGUUAUAAAGAAGGGCGAUGUCCUCAAGGACAUUCACAAGCGAUUUGUCAUGUACCAGUUAAUUAAUGCCAUUAAAUACAUGCACUCGGGCAAUGUCAUCCACAGGGACCUGAAGCCCAGCAACAUUCUGAUCGACAGCAAAUGCAGACUCAAAGUGGCCGACUUUGGCCUGGCUCGAACACUCUCCAUGAAGCGGAAAUCCGACUAUGAUGAACUGGAGAACGAGGCCAUGCUGACGGAUUAUGUGGCCACGCGUUGGUAUCGUGCCCCCGAAAUACUGGUGGCCAGUCGCAAAUAUACCAAGGGCAUCGAUAUGUGGGGUCUGGGCUGCAUCCUGGGCGAGAUGAUAAGACAGAAACCCCUCUUCCAAGGCACCAGCACUGUCAAUCAGAUAGAGAAAAUCGUGACGGCCCUGCCGGAUGUGACCCAGCGGGACAUUGAGUCGAUCGGAGCCAGUUUCGGGAGUGUCCUGCUGAGCAAGAAGAUCCAUCGCGACCGUCGCCAUUCGCUGGACGAGAUGCUGCGGAACUGCUGCGACGACGCCAUUUCGCUGGUGAAGUCCCUCCUGGUACUUGAUCCGCACGGGAGGCUCACGGCCAAGGCGGCCAUCCGGCAUCCGUAUGUGAGCCGCUUCCGGACCGCCUCCGCGGACAUGGAGCUGCGCGUGGACAUCCAUCCGCCGCUGAAGGACGACGUGCGGUACGGGGUGGACCAGUACCGCAACAACCUGUACGACAUGAUUGGUCUGGAGUCGCGGAGCAGUGCCAGGACGGUCAGCAAUGACACACCCUCCAGCAAUCGGGAGAUCUCGACGAAGCCCCUGCGCUCUGUGUCGCGGACCAGGUACCGUCGUCCCUAGCACAGGCGCGCCACCUCCACUGCAAUGGGCCCCACAUCCAAUCCCCGACAGCAUGACGCCUC